AACAGUCAGAGUGAUUCCGGAUUCAAUUUUUAAAUUAACGGUUAAAAAGUCGACAGUUCUUUUUGAUUUUGUUGAUUAAAUGAAAAUUUAUUUUUAAUAACAGAAAACUUCCCAAGUAUGGAUUAAAAGAACGAUUUAUCGAAUAAACUUUAUUGUCACCUUUAUAUGAUGGAGCCUUCAAAAGAAGCAAUCGCUGUCCGGAUAGCGCGGUUAAAUCGCCAGAUAUUAGGAAAAGUGACUGGUGGUGGUUUAAGUAAAUUAUCUAAACGAACAAUAAACCGCGAAGCCCUGCUGGAUGCCCUUACAGUUCUGUAUGAUGAGUGCAACGAUGACCCUGUUAAAAAAAGCGAUGAUCUCGUUAGAGCAUUUGUUGACAAAUACCGAAGCACUUUGGCAGAACUACGACGAACUCGUGUUUGUUUGUCAGAUUUUGAGAUGAUACAAACAAUUGGCCGAGGACAUUUUGGUGAAGUACAUAUGGUAAGGGAGAAGGAGACAGGAGAUGUGUAUGCACUAAAGACAUUACGCAAAGAAGAGGCUCGCAAGCGUGCUGUUAGUGCAGCAGAAGAUGAGCGUGAUGUGCUUGCUAUGGCUAAUAGCCCUUGGAUACCAAAACUACAGUAUGCAUUUCAGGACACCAGUCAUUUGUACCUAGUGAUGGAAUUAUGCUUGGGUGGUGAUUUGGCUGGUCUUCUUUCCCGCCGAAACCAUCCAUUAUCAGAGAGCGAUGCCGCCUUCUACGUCGCGGAAAUAGCACAUGCUUUGAAGGCUCUCCAUGGAAUGGGAUAUGUGCAUCGAGAUGUUAAACCACAUAACAUAUUUCUAGACAGAUGCGGUCACGUGAAGCUGGGCGACCUGGGGUCAUGCGGGCGGCUGUCGGAGGGCGGGUGCGGCGCGGCGGCCGUGGUGACGGCGGACUACGUGGCGCCCGAGCUGCUGGCCGCGGCCGACUGCGCGGCGCGUCACACUUCGGCGUGUGACUACUGGUCGCUGGGCGUGGUCGCGUUCGAACUGGUGACAUUGAAGAGGCCAUUCUCAUCUGGUGACGAUGAUUCCGUUGCACAAGUUCUUAGCAAUAUACAGAAGUACGAGCGGUCGGCGGAGCAGGAGCCGCCGUUCGCGGCGCCGCCGGCGGGCCCGUCGCGCGCGUGGCGCUCGCUGGUGCGCGGGCUGCUGCGCGUGCCGCCGCCGCGCCGCUACAACUACCUCGACACGCUGCGCCACCCCGCGCUCGCCGCCCUCUCCGACCUGCACUCCAUACGCGACCAGGCGCCGCCGUGGGUGCCGCGCGUGCGCGGCGCGGAGGACGCGGCGCACUUCAGCGCGCCGCCGCGCCGCGCGCCGCCGCCCGACGCCGCGCCCUUCCGCGCGCGCCCGCCCUUCGCCGGACAGCUGCCCUUCGUCGGAUACACUUAUGUAGCGCAAGAAGACAACGAAGAUACUACCGGAGGUUUCAAUGCUUCACAUGACUGCACUGCAAUCAACUUAGCCACAUACAAAUCAGCCGAAAAGUUGGCAGCCAUGCGGGGUCGUGAAAUCUCGUCGCUCCAGAAUAAAUUGGCGACGGCCGAAGCGGCUGCAGAGGCGGCAGCAAGCGCGGCGGCCGAGCGCACUCGGCGGGAGGCCGACGCCGAAGCCGAACGCACACGGGCGCGGCUGCAGGCCGAAAUCACUGCGCUCAGCUUGCAAAACAAACGCCUCGAACGUCAAGUUGAAGUGGAGAAAGAAGAGCGGAUGGCUCUCCAGCGCACCAACCAGGAGCUGACAUGCGGCAUCGCGGAGCGUAGUAGCGCGGAGACUCGUGCGGCCACUGCAGCGGCGGCCGCGCUGCAAGCGGAGCGUGACGCUUUACACGAGCAGCUGCAGCGCACUGAGCAGCGCGUGGUCGAUCUACAAGCUGAGUGCAAGCGCGCGCUUGCAGACGCUGACAGAGCGCGCGAUCAGCACCACCACUAUAAGGAUAUAUUGGCACACGUGCAAGAUUUGCGACAUAGAAAACUGACCGAAAUCAACGUGCGCCCGAUAGACACAAUAGCAAAAGAGCGUGCGUUGCGGCGUCAAACUGUUAGCGGCGGCGAAGCUGAAAUGCGGGAAGCGGCCGCGCGGCUUGCCACCGCUGAAGCAAACUUAGCGCGUGAAGCACGAACGAGGGAACAGCUGGAGAAACAAAAUGCUGACCUCCAAGCUAAGAAUUCCUCGCUGCAAACCGAAAAUGCAGCGCUUCAAGCUGAGAUCGAAACUUUACUAACCGAAGUAGAUCGCGUUAGGAAGGAGUUGGUUAUAUCUAAGGAUACAAUUAAUGAGAAGCAUCGUGCAGCUGAUGCGUCUUCAGUGCAACUAGUAGAUGCACAGCAACAGCUGGCGCAGGAACGCAUUCGAGUCACAUCGCUAAUUGCACAAGUUCAGGAAUUGGAGCGCGGCACCGAGGAAGCGGCCAAGCGUGAAGCGGCGCUGGAGGAGCAGUGCUCGCGCACCGAAGCGCGCUUAAACGAGCGACUCGAGGCCGCGGAAGCUCGAGCCACUGCCGCCUUACAGGAAGACGCCAGGCAUCGAGAGAAAGUGGGUACACUAGAGCAACUAGUGCGGCGGCUCGAACGCGAGGUGAGCGCGUUGGAAUCUCGCGGAUGCGCUCGCUGUGCGGCUGUUGCUGCUGGUGCUGCUGGUGCUGCUGGUGCUGCUAGUGCUGCUGGCGCGGCGGACGCGGCCAGCGACACGGAGAGCGUGGGCGAGGCGGCCGGCGCACAGCUCACGCUGCUCAGGGAGCAGCUCGAGCGAGCUGAAGCCCAACUACAGGCCCGAGCUGAAGAAAUCGCGACACUGCGGCAAGAGGCUCGUUCCGCAAAUUUGGCGAGAUGGCGCAAGGAACGAGAGUACAACGAAUUAUCUGUUGAGACGAAAUCAACGGCGAGAGAGUUGAAGCGUGUAGAAGAACGUCUCUCGUGUGUUAUCGAAGCGCGGAAAGAAGCCGAGAAGAAGUGUACAGCUUUACAAAGCGAUGUGGCAACAUUACGACCGCAACACGAGCAAGCCAAGAAGGAUGCGGAGCGGGCCAAGGAACAACUAGAAAAGUUGCAAAAAGCGCAUGAGGUUGCACAAGCUGAAGUUGACAGAUCUCGAAAUGACAUCCGCAAACUGAAGAGUGAGUUGAUGUACAGCGAGAAACGUCGUCUACACGCCGAGGAACAAGAGGAGCUGUCGAGCCGCGAACGUGCGCAGAUGCGCGACGAGAUGCAACAGCUGCGCGGGCGCAACGACGACUUACUGCAGAAUAAUAAAGCAUUGCAAGAAGCGUGUUCGUUGUUGGAAGAGCAGCUUACGGAUUUGGAGAAGCUGGCUGAUCAUCACGAGCAAAAGAAUAAAGAUCUAGAGGAGGAGAACGGUCGCAUGCGCGCGGAGCUGGAGGCGGCGCGGACGCGGCUGGCGGCGGCCGAGCGCGCGGCGGUCGAGCGGGCGGCCGCCGCCGACCGCGCCGCGCGACUGCACGACGACGCACGCGACCAGGCCGCGCAAACACUCUGCCAGCUGCAGAUGCUCACCGAACGGAUCGAGUCUCGCGAAGCACGCGUAGCGGAGCUGGAGGCCCGCGUGGCUGAACUAGAAGGCGAUCAGUCGGCGCGCGAGGCGGCGCUGGCGGCGGCCGCGCGUCGCGUCCGCGACCUGCAGGAGGAGAGCGCCGCGCUGCGCAGCCGCGCGCACCAGCACCACGCGCGCGCGCUGCAGCUGCACGCCAGCCUCGCCGACCUGCAGGAGGAAUUAUCAGCGUCCCGCGAGGCGGCUGAGGCAGCGGCCACCUGGUGGCGGACAAGAGAAACAAAGGCCGACGCCACGCUGCGGCAGCAAGCGAAACUCAUUGACUUCUUACAGGCAAAAGUGGAAGAGGCUGGUCGUAAGAAAUGUUCACUCAGCAACAAAAUAUUUGGACGCUCUGGUAGAAGAUUGCCCGCUUCACCGCCGCUGCGACGAGCUAAUAGAGAAUUACGUGAUGAAGUCGAACGACUACGAGCUAAAUUAAAUGCAGUUGGCGAUGCUGACUACCCACCUACUCCGAGACGAGAAAAGUCAAAACCAAUUAUUAAUGGGAGUAAAAAUGCAGAUGGCGCUAAUGGAGAUGACGACAAUUCACAAUUGACAAUAGUGUGGGCCGACGGCGCCCGCGAGCGUAUGCAGGCGCGGUGCGAGGAAGGUGCACUAGUAGUGACUAGUGGCGGCCGAGAACUGCGCGCCACACUUCAACAAUUGGAGGCGCCGGCCUUACCGUCACACGAAGCUGAUAGAGCUUUCACUGUGGAGUUUGAGAAGUCGUACCGCGGUGGGUCGGCGUCAGUACUAUGUAGUAGCGCGGCCGCACGUGCAGUAUUGGUGUCGAAGCUGUCGCCGCCACCGCCCGCCGCCGGAUACUCGCCGCCUGCUGUUUGGAGGCACAAUAUCGCCCCUACUACUGCACUCUACGUUGCGCCCAACGUUAUUGCACUGGGUACCAGCGAGGGCCUGCACUCGCUCCGCGGGCCAGUGCGGCUCGAGUGGGAGUGGGAGGGCGGCGGCCUCGCGCCGGUGACGUGCAUGUGCGCGGCGGGCGGCCGCGUGCUGCUGGGCGGCGGCGGCGGCGGCGGCGGCGGCGGCGGCGGCGGCGGCGCGCUGGCUGCGGCGGCGCUGCUGGCGCUGGACUCGGCGCUGCGCCGCGCCGCGCCGCUGCAGCCCUCGCUCGCCGUCCGCGCCGUCGCGUUACCCGGAUACUCGGCGCCACGGCUACUUACGGGAAUAUAUGAAGAGACAUCAGAUGGCCUGUGUGCAGCAGUAGCGAGUGGACGGCAUGUGUUGCUGCUAGGACUCGAUCGCGCUGCCGAUCAGUUCCUCUUAGUGCGCGCACUGCCGGUAGAAUGCACUCCCGCUGCGAUACUACUCACGCGCCGUGCGCUCUACGUCGCAGGCGAGAAACCUCUACGGGUUGACCUACCCGCGGGAACGAUCGAACCGUUCGCUAUGGACGAGCCCAUCAUCGCUGCCGCUGCGAGAAAACGGUCUCCGCCCAAAAAGAUCCUUCUCGUGCGCAACGACCCUGUAGAAUUACUGAUUUGUUAUGCGGAAUGCGGCGUGUUCGUUGACGAAACAGGCAAGCGCACCCGCAACGAAGACCCUAAGUGGAGUUCAGCCGUCCAUGGAUGGGAAUUCGUCAAUCCGUUCUUGUAUGUGAUUGGAGAGGAUAGAGUGACCAUCCUCUAUGUGAACGAUGAGGUGUAUAGGAGUCCGCCGUGCACGUGCGAUGCGACGUCCCUGGCGUCUACCGCAUCCGACUAUUACAGCCCACAAGUGUUUAACUUAAAAAUGAACGAGCCCGAGUUGCUCGGUACAGCGCCGAAUGGCGUUAUAGUUCGGUCGAAGACAGAGAACGAAUAUACAGUCUACGUGGUUGAAGGAAUGCCUGCUUUUAAAAGUAUUGGCGCAUCGGUAGAAUCACUAGAGACUGUAUCGGAAAGAAAUAGUUCUUCGACAGAUUUAGCCCAGUCUUUGACAGAUUUGUAUCCUCAAGAUGUCCAGGACGUCUCCCAGGAAAGCGUAGAAGCGACUACAGGCUUUCUUGCAGACAUAAGGAAAAGAGCGCAACAGUUACGUAAUAAAAAUCGAAAAGACCAAACCCCAGACGAUGUUAUAGCGGAAAUUUUAACUACAGAGGUUGGUUUAAAACGUUCAAUAAAUGGUAGAAAAUCUCCAGCGAGUAUUUCGAGUAGCGAUUCUACUGAGACAACUGAAGAAGAAAGGACUUCGACCAAGGGUACAUCAGAAGUCUGCGCAGAAAUGUUCACCAGACAGGUACGAUUUCAAUGAAAAUGAAAUAAAAUUAAGACUGUACAUUAACUGUAUUGUAUAUUUAAAAGUAAUAAAAUCAACCUCACAUUUGUAAACAACUCAGUUUUAAUCCCGAUCUGAUUUUAGGUAUAAGGUUUUACUUAUUAAUGUAACUUUUUAAAAUUGUAUGGUAUAGGUUCAUACCAAUUUUCUCCAAUGUUUAUAUACUUUUUAUUUUGUGGACUCAUAUACAUUUUUACAUAAUACAAGCAAGAAGCUAAUUUUAACAAUAAUAAAUAAUUACCUAUUUACUAAUAUGACCCAUUUCAUCUCGAUUUUGUUUGUAUUAUUGCCAUUUACGUAUUACCAGUAUUUUGUAAAAGUAAAUAUUACUCAAAUUGGCUUUGAGUACUUAGACUAAUUGCUAAUUAUUGAAUUAAUUAGGAGCCUUUACUGUGAUUUGAUACCUAAUUUUAACGCGUUUAGAUAUAGUUUAGUUGGUAAAGUAUUUAUUAUAGUUAUAAUGAAGGCAAAAAUCUGACUAUAUUAUUGAGCGCCAGUGUUUAAAUAAUGUUUUUAAGUUGUAUGACAUGUUAAAAUAUAUAUUUUUACACAA